GUACAACUCGCCAGUGGCUUAAUCUGUGAAAAUGGCAAGAAACGCAGGUACUGCUACUGCCAGCUCCAGACCUCCUUUUUCUAACCAGUCUAUAGAGCGCCAGAGCCCCCGAGUUAUUCUCCUCUCUCCAUCACGCUAAUUCUCCCUCCCUUUCUCUCUCGCCAAAAACACAUUUUCUAGCAUUCUUAUAGAGCUCGCUCAUGGAGCCUUUUCAUUUUUCUUUUGUCUCGUUGCUGAAAAAACGAACUCCCGCCGGUUGAUUCCUCGCACUCCGAUUCUAGUUCUCUCGCCAUUUCCGUUUCAUUUGAUCGGCCAGUAGAGUCGUAAACCAGCGAUUUCCGGCGUAGAGGUUUUCGGAGCUAGGGUUAGUUAGCUACAUUUUGUAUUGGAGGUCUUAGAUCGUUCAGCGCCGGGAUUUUUGAUUCUCAGUAGACUUCACAGCGACGAAGUCGUCCGUCUCUCUCUCUCUCUCUGGUACUGUUUUGGAGCAUUCAAGAAAAAUGAGCGCCGGAGCUCCGUCUGAAGGCUUGCUGGUGGAAUCAAGAGCAGACGAUGGCGUCCCUGCGUCAUCGUUCCGCAGGGGCUCGAAGUUUGCGUACUCGACGGAUUUUCUCUUGUCCAUGGCUGUUUUGGAUAUAUGCCAGAGGUUGCCUUGCAACUUCGAUUGCGAUGUAUUGCGUGAGCUUGACGAUCGCCCUAAAGUUCGGUGGCAGCCGAAGACUGGUUCUGAGUUGGCGAGAUGGGAUGGCAACAUUCUAUCAACUAGUUGGAGAGUUAGUCCUGAAAGUGGAAUUUUACUGAAGAAUCUUCCUGAAAAUGUAAGUUUAGGGAAGAAUACUUUUGAAAGUGGGAUUCUAGGGAAGAACAAUCCUGAAAGUGGGGUUCUAGGGAAGAACAAUCCUGAAAGUGGAAUUUUAGGGAAGAAUCAUCAUGACGGUGUAAUUUUGGGGAAGAAUACUUCUGAAAGUGGAACUCUAGGGAAGAACAAUCCUGAAAGUGGAAUUUUAGGGAAGGGUGCUCUCCUGCCAGCACCUGAACCUAUGGCUGUUGAUUCUGCUCCAAAGAUUCACGAGGUUAGCACCUGUCAUCUGCUAACCCGAAGUGCUACACCAUAUCGGCCUCCGCAUCUGUACAGGAUGGAUCUCCAUUCUGGAACAGAGAAAGUGGAUAUUGGCAGCGAGAAAACAUUUGAUUCCUUGAGACUGCGGAGGACUGAAGUGGAAAAACAGAGAGAAACAUCUGAAUCAUUAUGGAGUGAUCUUCAAGUAACUCAGGAGACUCAGAAGAACAUUUCAGAUGAUCAGAAAGAAAACCAGGACCCAAGUAAUGCCACAGACCCGGCAGAUUCCCAGAAGUAUGGAGUUGAAGGAAGUUGGACAUCCGAGAAACGGGAGAGUAAGACCGGCCAGACCACCAUGUCCUGUCCUUACUUCCUAUCUUGGGUUAAGCCAACUGGCAAUAGCAUGUCCAACACCGAUGGCAAACGUGGAACAGGACAAGCACCUAUGGAUCACGCCACAAAGCUGAACGAGCAACCAUUGACAAGUAUUCAUUCAGAAAGUAACAAAGCUACAAGCCAGUCCCACCCAUCUACUUCUCCUUCAGCCACCAAGGAAGUCUUUCACCAACAACUGCACGAAUGGGUCAACAAAGCAACUACUUGUCCUAACCCUUCCCCUCAAACCACUGAACCUACGCAAGACAAUCCAGAGAUCGAUGAUGCCGACUAUCAGGACCUCGUUGCUUUACUAGAGGAAGAAACCACGUGCCAGUCUACCGAGCUCCGGCGUAGCCAGGACCUCUCGAUGCUGGGCUUCUCCGAGUUCGACCUUGGAGGACAGAGACCAAUUCUGGCCUCUGGUGAUAACGACAUUGUUCUUCCAGCCGAAGUCGAUGCUUCAAGCUGCAGCGGAAAUGUCCUCAAGGGCGACGAGCGUGCUGCUGCUGAAGUCCGAACUAAACAGGAAACUUCACCAGACUUGGCUGCAGCUGACUUCCAUGAGAAGCCUCAUACAAGUGAUGAAAUCUGCUGGCCGGAGGAAGACAGUCUGAUUACUAUCGACGACUUCGUAUGUCCAGUGGAUGAAACCGCCCGCGGCGGCGAACUGAGUAAGAAGCAGUCCUCCUCCUGCCCACAGUUGCUUGGCUCUCGGAGGAAACCAGAGAAGAAGAUGAAGCCCAAAAAAUGUGUGUAUGUUACACAGCAGCCUAUGGGACCAAUGAUAUGUUCUCCUCAUCCUCCACCUCCUCCUGGUAUGGUGCCAUGGCUCCCUGUCCUUCCUCCUCCGCAUCCUAUGGCGCUCUAUCCUCCUGGCAUGUGUUCCCCCUUUGGUAAUCAGGUCCACAUCUAUACGAACCUAUUGGCCAGUCCAGAUCAGAACUUGGGGUGGCCUUGGUUCGGCAACGCUUAGAUCUGACUGGGAAGGUGAGCAGCAGGUUUAGUUACCGCCUUCUAGACCUAAUUGCAGUCACGAUUUGCUUUUAGAAAGCAGACACUUCUGGUUAGAGGUGGUCUUUUCAACUAGAUUCCAAAUGGUGAUUAGUAGCAACAAAAUUAGCGUCCUAGUUGAAUUAGUGGAGGAUUAGAAAUUUCCCAACUCUGGAAAGAAACAAAGAAAGCAUGUGAAGCGGGGAUAGUAGCCUAUGGUAGUGAUGUUCAAAGGAGCACAGACCUUUGAAACAGUAUACUUUUAACAACUCCAGUGGGGCUUAGUCGAAUUUGUUCAUUUUUCUUCUUUCGUGGCAUCUGGUCGAAAAUUGAAAAAAUCAUAUUUGCAAAAUGUUCGUGGAACCUGUACCAAGUCGGUUAUGUUUCCAUUCCGGAAAAAAAAAAAAACACAAUUCAGCUGCGCGAAUUUUCAGAAUAUGCAUGCGGUUCAGCACGGUUAAACACUUUCGGUCUUGCAGUACGACAUUUUGCAGAUCUGUUUCACUCGCUAGGCCAAGGCGCUAAAUAAUCUAUCAAGUUCUGUUAAUGUGCCAACUCUGCUGCUCGAAUAAUUUCGUGGAAUCAAAAAGCAGAGGCCUCAGAAAUGAGUCACCAGUAUUUAGAUGUGUCUCUAGGUAAGGUUACAACUUACAACCAAGGCCUGGCUCAAAGGUAGAAUGAGCUCUCAAAAGGCUUAUGUUACACUCAAUUCUUAACGGUGCUACACCGAAGAACCGGGUCGCAAAAACUCAGACCGACGCCCCAGGUUUCACAUAGGAAGGCGUCAAAGGUGAUUGUGGAGGCUGCAUUAAUUACACUUAACAACGGCUGAACAAGCUUGUGAUCAAAACUUUAAUUACAUACUCUCACUAAUUAGGUGCGUGAAUUCCUUCUUUCCUCCGUCGCAGGAGGUGCUGUACAGCAAGGCCUUUACCGGGAACCACCAACUAUACACCCGCUCUCUGGAGCAGCAGCAGCUGCUGCUAGUACUAGUUAUUGUUUCUCCUCUUCUUCAAAUCCCAUAUACACACUACCUGUAAGAUUACAACAAAGCCGAAGGACUGGCCAAAGAGGGGAACUGGUGAGCUGUACAGAGCGCGUUGUGCACCUUUAAUUGUUGGCGGUGGAAGCGUUUGCUGAUCUUCCCGUCCGGCCAAUUUACCUCGCCCGGAUCAAGCAACAGUUCAUAUCCUGUUUGCAUCCGUGUCGUAGGAAGCAAGCAGCCUUCUCUGUCAUGCAAAAGUACAGCAUGUCACGAGACCGUAAAUUAUUACCAAUUACAGAAAAUGGACAGAAAUGGAGGUUCCAAAUAGUAAUGAGUUCAAUCAAUUAAACAUUGCUUG